AUGAUGCAAGAUGAAUUGGUAAACAAGGACGCAUUUUAUGCAAUGCUGAAUACCACAUAUGACAACUGCAUCAAAAAGGCUUGGUAUUGGAACAGAAUACAGGAAACUAUCGACAUAGUAAAUAGUUACAAAGCUAAAAGACUUGAAAACAGGACGAAUGAAAUAGUGAGCAAAGAAAGAUAUUACGCAGGGAAAUACGAUGUUCUCAAGAUAUCUGGACAGCAAAGACUAGUAAUAAAACCCACAGAAGGUUGCAAGGACGUCAUUUGCGUUGCUGCAGUUGAAGAGUUUUUCGACAUCAUUGACGAACAACACAAAUUGACCAAUCACGGAAAGAGAGACAAGCUUAAAAGUUUGUUGAAAAAGAAAUACAAUAUUCCAAGGACAGCCAUAGAGACAUAUUUAGAGUUGUGUAAGGGUUGUGUUUUCAGGAGACCACCUAGACGUGUAACACCGUAACGUCGUAUUAAUGCAAUACUUAUGUUCGAUGUGCAACAAUUGCUUUUUGACAGAUUUAUUCUGACUGGAGAUGUUAAUAAAUAUAAAAGAGAUUUUGCAUAGUGAUAAAUGCUGUGUGUUGCAGGUUUUUUACAUUAAAAUUAAUCGAACUACUGCAGAGAUAACAAUUUUGUUCAUACAAUAAGAGAGAACCUACAAAAAAGUGGUACCUAUUAUGUCCGCAUUUUCUGAAAACAUUGGCUAAAUUACUUUUAAUACCACAUUCACAUAUUGGGCAAUCAUAGGCCAACACCAAUGUGUGAAUGCUAAACCAAUGCGCAUUGGCCGGGGCUGUCCAACGUUGGCGCUAAAUGAGAGUAUAUUGUGCCUUGGCUCCAAUGUGUACGAGUAAGUGCGCCAUAAAAAUAUUCUUCAAGGAGUUUUUGUAGUUUUUUACCAAUGUAAUUUUUAUGUUCCAUUCACAUAUUGGGCCAUAAUAGGCCAGCAGCAAAGUGUGAAUGCUAAAUUAAUUCACAUCGGCCGGGGUAGCAUAUAUAUAUAUAUAUA